UUUAUUUAAUUUUUAUAUGAGAACCACUUAAGAGAAAUACGAACACGUAAGAGCCGAAUAAGCACAAGCUCCCAUAAAUGAAAUUAAAGUCUCUGCCAGAGGUCUCGAUGGAUCUUACAUCAAAAGAGCAAUUGAAUUGUUGUAAGGCACAUAAGAUAUCCCCAAAUAAGAAUUUGUAGUAAUCAAAGGAAUUGACAAUGCAAUCCCUAAGGUUUUAAUUAUUAGUGAAAUUGUAAGAAGAAGAGUAGUUGGAUUAUCAUAAGUAUAUAAAAAUAUUAUAUAAAAGAUUAAUCAAAUAGGUAAUACUUAAAUUGUGGACAAAUAUGUACCAACAGAAGAAGGAUUAGUAGAAGUCAGUAUUACUAAAUAAUUGUCUAUAUUGACUGUUAAAUUGACUACCAAACCAACAGAAGAAGAAAAAAGGUCUGUUGGAUACUAAGAACCCCUCCCUGAAUCUGAAGUUGUUCCUUAAAGAUAAAGAUAAUGUAUUUUAAUAUAUUUAAUUAUUUAGAAGGAGAAAAAAGAGAAAGAAAUACAAGAUAAAAUAGAGGAGGUCCAAGAGGUGAAAAUAACAGAGGUCAAGAUAGAAGAGAUAAUAGAGAUAAUAGAGAUAAUAGAGAUAAUAGAGAUAAUAGAGAUAAUAGAGACAAUAGAGACAAUAGAGACAAUAGAGACAAUAGAGAUAAUAGAGAGAGAAGAGAAAGAAGAGAUAACAGAGAUAACAGAGAUAACAGAGAUAAUAGAGAUAAUAGAGAUAAUAGAGAUAACAGAGAUAAUAGAGAUAAUAGAGACAGAAGAGAUAACAGAGAAAAUAGAGAUAACAGAGAUAAUAGAGAUAAUAGAGACAGAAGAGAUAACAGAGAAAAUAGAGACAAUAGAGAUAAUAGAGAUAAUAGAAGAGAUAAUAAUAGAGACAAUAAUAGAUAAAAUAAUUCUAGAAAUAACAAUACAAGAGAUUAAGAAAAUAAAUAAUGACAUUUAUAACAUCAAUUUAAGGAAUAACAAUAAAAUUUUACAAUAUUCAC